AUUAGACUCAUUUGUGUCGCUUGAUUCGCCAGGAGUGGGACACGAAGUAGUUUCCGCGGAUUCGCAACCCCUCUCUCGCUGAAUGGUACCUGUUCUUUCCGUUAUCGUACAUCGAACCCGGUUUUUGUUCGGACAUUCCGUCGUUUGUUCAUUUAUUUACGGUUUUAAGUGCCAGUUUUUACUUGGGAAUCUCCUCGCUUUCAGGACUGUCACUGUGCGUGUGUUUUGCAAUUAAGUGGCCGGGUGGCUUUCAAUACAGAAUACUUCUAGACGCGAGUCUCUCGCGAGAAAUAUUAUUAAGCGAUGAAAAAGCUGGACGGUUCCACUAUCAUGAGACUCUUUAGAGUCUGUGCGGAAGGGAUUUAGAAAUGCCAAAUUAGGUUUCAUUUUGACUAUAUAUACAGAAAGAUUCUUGAUAUUGACAGCCUUUUGAAUUUGGCAUCCAUCCGUGUAAAGUGUUUGCAUCAUGGAAGAAAAAGGUUUGCCUGAUCAGUCUUUGUUGACGAAUGAAACUGUGGAUUUAAAACAGGCUUUCAAAGGCCGUUUACCGGAUGUUUCAGUUUUACCGUCGAUAAGGGGCCGUAUGCGGGCGGAUAGCGUUCUGUUGAGGAAGCAGCGGAAGCGGGCGGUGAUGAAGAACGGGGACUACAACAUCGUGCAGAUCAACGUCUCGGAGCGGCGGCGGCGCUACCUCCUGGACCUCUUCACCACCCUCGUCGACGCCCAGUGGCGGUGGACCCUCUUCGUCUUCACCAUGAGCUUCGUGCUCAGCUGGUCCGGGUUCGGAUCCCUCUGGUGGCUCAUCGCCUUCACCCACGGCGACUUCGAGCCGGAGAACCUCGGCAACGAGACCUGGGUCCCCUGCGUGAGCAACAUCCACUCCCUCACCUCCGCCUUCCUCUUCAGCAUCGAGACCCAGCACACCAUCGGCUACGGCUCCCGCUACCCCACCGAGGACUGCCCCGAGGCCGUCAUCAUGGUCGUCAUACAGAGCAUCACUGGCAUGAUGAUCCAGACUCUGAUGGUGGGAAUAAUCUUCGCGAAGAUGGCCCGACCGAAGCAGCGGACGGAGACCCUGCUUUUCAGCAGAACAGCCGUGAUUUGUCAGCGGGAUGGGCAACUCUGCCUCAUGUUCCGGGCGGGCGACAUGCGGGAUAAAUCCCACCUAAUCGCCACCUCCAUACGCGCGCUCCUGGUGAGGCCGCGGAUCACGCAAGAGGGUGAAAUCCUCGCUCCUUUCCUCAGCGAGCUCAAGCUGUCGGUAGACCAGUACGAUCCGAACGUGUUCCUGCUGUGGCCGGCGGUGGUGAUCCACCGGAUCGACCGGGAGAGUCCCCUGUACACGAUGAGCGCGGCGGAGCUCCUGACGGACAAGUUCGAGAUCAUCGUCACCCUGGAAGGGACGAUCGAGUCGACGGGACAGCCGACCCAAGCUCGGACCUCGUACCUGCCCUCCGAACUCCUCUGGGGACACCGCUUCGAGCCCAUGAUCCACUACAGCAAAGAGCGCCUCGCCUACGAGGUCGACUACGCCCUCUUCCACAACACCUACCAGGUGGACACCCCUCUUUGCUGCGCCCAAGUCCUCGACUCCCUAACCCUCGACAGCUCAACCACGAAACCUGUGAUAUACUAGCUUCCUUCGAGCACAAGUAGUUUUAAGAAUAUGUAAAUACGAUGUAGUUGUAAGUCUGAUUGUGAGCUGGGUCUCGUUCACAUGCUCAACUACCAAAAUUUUCCACGCGGGUUACGCGCGAGUAACCAGGACUAUUGUUGGGAAUAGAUUUUUUAACCGAAAAAAUCUAUUAAAUCGCAUCGGUUUUACCGGGUUCGAAAUCGUGUAAAUAGAUUUUUGCCCUCGGGAUCGAAAAUUCCAAUUUUUGCUAUCCGAAUGUAUUCCGUGAGCCGAUUUUUAGACCAACAUUUUAGCAAACUUCCCGGAAAUUUCUAUUCGUAUUUGUUGUUUUUUAAGAGCUCGAAUUGUUUAGCCAACUCGAGGCCUCGUCAAGAUUCGCACCUAGUGCGUCUGUAUGGCCUAAAUCCGGCCCUGGAAAUUACUAAGAAAGUCACUUUUUAUGCACCAGUUAUACGCUAUUCCUUAAGAAUGUAUGUAUAUUGUAUAUGGUAUACGACCCCGGGAUAAGGGACCUUAAGCUAGAGAGAAAAAUUCUCAGUAUAGAUAUUUUUGCUGGUUGGAUCGAAGUAUUGGAUUUUGAGAUUUUAAUAGAAAGCUCUCUAGUUUUCUGAGGAAUUAGUCACCAGUGGUUUAGAUCAUUUAGUUCUCGAAAGUACGUUUUUUAAACCGUAACUUUAAACCACUAUCAUGCCGGUUUGGUUUCACAUUUUCGGACUUUUUUUUUCAAUGAGCUAAUAGAAUACUCCAAGCUGAAAGCUCCCUCUGUUGUUUUUGUGGACUUAUAGGUCCCUUUUUCUAUAAACGCCAACGUUUUUUAGUAAAGAAUAUUUAUUUAUUUUGUUUUGCUGAUUUUAAAUCUUUUGAUUGAAAAUUUCUCAGAAAAUACCAUAUGAAGCCUUAUAAACUUGCCUUGCUGUGGCAUCUUAAAGGGAAUAAUACAUUAUUUUUAUGGGCGUAAGUCGAAUAGUUUCAACCCACUUCCAUUUUAAUGCAUUGACAAACAUUAAAAUUAAAAAUUAAAAAUUCAAUUCGAUUUGGAAGGCUGUUAAUUCACCGUCACAAAACCACUGCCACCCCUACUUUAAAAAAACUUGGACUGUAGUAUUAAUUGCCUCGAGAAUGCUAGGAUUUAGAAAUUUGAAAAAAUGAAUACCUAUGCAAUUGCAUGCGGAAAAUAUAGAAACUAUAUUUUGCAAUAAGGAUUCAAUACUUCUGGCUCAACCAUAGAAGCACCUGUAGGCGUGCAGAAAUUUAUAGUCCAUACGUUGCUUAUAAGAUGAGCCAUACAUAGUUAUUCAUUGAUAUGGUGUAGUCAAUAUUAUGAUAGACCACUGUCAUAACCGACCACAUAGAAGUAGGGCUAACAUUAGCUCAGAGAGUGUUAAUUUCCUUCAAUAAAAUUGAACUUGCUCUCUAUGUAACUCAGAAAAACUCACCGUGUAAACAUUUUAGUCUUUUAAGAGUAUUCAAUUCGCAGGUAAUAAUACAAAUUUUGGAGUGAGAAUUCGCAACAAAUCACUUCCCAAGCAUAAUAUAUUUCCUCAAAUUUUCAUUUAUCUAUUUAAUUAUAUUUAUUAAAUAAUCUAUCUAGACAUAAUAUAUUUAUUAAUUAUUUAUUUUGAAAAUUACAACAAAAAUAUUUUUGUUCACAAAGGAAGGUUAAAAGCCGGCUUGAAAAGAAAAGGGAGGUAGCUCUCUUUGAAUUUUGAUCGUUUACUUACAAGUUAGUUUAAGUAAAAUACCUCAAAAAGACUCGAAAUGCAAAUGUAGGUGCGGUAUCCAAGGAAUUAUCAUCCCAUGAUAAACCGUAUCUUUUAUAUAAAUAUAAAAGACAUAAACUGGAUGGAAACUUUUAAUUUGUGUCAGUUACAGGCUUAGAAACGAUAUACCUUUACCAAUAUUGUUAUUUUUCAACUCUUCCGAGAUUCGCUCUAUAGCUGUUCAUUUUAUUUUUACAAAAAGUGCCUUCUUACUGUGUUUAAACUAUACUUUGCCUCAGAUUUUAUGAACACCAACUAAAAUAUUACGGCACAAAUAAUCUAUAUACAUUUUUUUUUGGCCUGUACAUAUCCUUUCAUUUUGUAUUUCAGUUAUUCCUCAUACUCAAAUGUGUGAGAAAUGUUUGACCUAUAAUUCUACGACGUAGAAUAGCAAACAUCUAAAAAUGAAGAAGAAAAAGUCUGUGAAUAUGCUUUCAGAUGAUGUUUGAUAUAACUAGAACUUUUUCAUACAUUUUGUGUGUAUGUACAUAUCGAUUGCUCAAAAAUUCGAAACUAUUUUCAAAAUGAACUUUUCACUCAUUGUCAAUUUGAAGGAUCUGUUUGCAAAACCCUACGUGUUCAUUUUCUUUUUAAAUUGUUUUUAUUUAUUUUAUAUAACCUGUCUCUGUACAUACUGUCUUUAGUUUGUCAAUAAUGAUUUUGUAUUGUUACUGUCAUAAUUGAGUUCUAAGUUUUCAUUGUUAGUGGCCGGUGAUGUUCACUGUCAAGUCUUGGAAUGAACAGAGAAACGUAUAUUCUAAAAUUAUUUUCCCCCUAAGAAAUCCUGCUGUUAUUAAUGUUUGGUAAUUAUUUUUCUACACUUUUUUCUUAGCAAUUCAGUGAUCAUGCCUACAUGUUUACACGAUUGCUGAUUGAUCCUCUAUCCAUUUGAAGGAAUUAUGUUUGUUAUAACUCAUACUCAUAGUUGUCGAUUUUGAACUUAAAGGUAUGAUAUUGUUGAAUGUUCUAAAUAUUUUAUAAAAAGUACAGAGUUUUGCUUUCAAUGAAA